AUGAGGGACAAGGUGGUCCAGGACAAGGUGUUUCUUCCCCCCUCUUUUCAUAAUCACCAGUACCGUCCAGGAAAAUGCUGCAUCCGGACUGCAUCUAGAUUCACAUUCCACAGUGUUCGAUCGCCCGCCAUAUUCCAGGCACUAAAGCGUGGUUCCCAAACUUCCUCUUACCAUUUUAACAUCAUCGCCUUCGCCAUCAUCAGGAUUUUCUCCCUUCUUUUGCUUCCCAAGCAGCACAGAGCUCGGCUGGAACGUCGAAUGGUUGGCUCAACCAACCGGUGGCGUUUUCCCAGAGAGCCUUUCUCUGGGGACCUGCUGGGACUUUCCCAGAUGUGCAAGGCUUUGAACGUGAACUUUGAAGAAGCUCUGAAGAACCCAGACAGGUUGUGUAUUUCACAAAUCCAGAAAAUUUUCUCGGGAAACUUGAAGAACAAGACCAUCCAAACUGGGGAGGCAGACGUGAUUCUUACAUGUCUUGGCUCCAAAUGGGAACUCCACCAGCCCCAGCUUUUCCAGUCCAAGACCUUGGCCAAGCUCUACCUGAUGGCACUGGCCCAGGGCACCACAAGCCCCACAAAGGAACUGGAGAGGCUUCUGCGAGCUCAGUUGCGUGGGAAUGUCAAGGAAAGACCCCCCAUAAAGAAGAUGAUCAUUUCCUUGAAGAUCAAUGACCCCCUGGUCACUAAAGUUGCCUUCGCCACGGCCCUGAAGAGCCUCUACCUGAGCGAGGUGGAGGUAGACAUGGAUGACGUGCUGGGCUUGUUGGCUUCCGCGCACAUCCUCCAGUUCAACAGCCUGUUUCAAAGGUGUGUGGUCAUGAUGAUGAACGGACUCAUGCCAAGCACCAUCAAGAACUUCUACCUGGCUGGCUGCAAGUACAAGGAAGAGCCGCUCACCACUGCCUGCGAGAAGUGGCUGGAAAUGAACUUGGUCCCUCUGGUGGGGACACAGAUCCACCUCCGGAAAAUCCCACAGGAGCUGCUCCACAAAGUGCUGCGGUCCCCCAGGUUGUUCACUUUUAACGAGUUUCAUCUUCUGAAAACGCUACUUUUGUGGGUCUUCUUGCAACUGAACCACAAAGUCCAGACAGUUCCGGUGCCUGAAACUGUGCUGGCAUUUUUUAACAGCUUCCCCAAGAAGUAUUCCUUUCUGGAUCAGGACACAGGACAGAGCUUGGUGCCGCUCUUCCUUUGCCUGCGUCUGCACGGCAUCAUCAGAGGCAAAAAUCUGGAGGAGUUAAGGCACAUUAAUUUCUUCCCAGAGUCCUGGCUGAUCCGGGUUACAGCCAACCAUUACCACGCACUGGAGAGUGGGGGCGACAUGGUCCACGUGAAAGAUUUUACCACCCAAGCCAUGAGAUUCGGACUGCUCUUUAACCAGGAGUAUACAACGCAUUCAGAAAUGAUUGCCAUAUAUGGAUUCUUCUUUGAGAUAAAGGGGAUCAAACAUGAUACUACCUCUUAUAGUUUUUACAUGCAGAGAGUAAGGCACACUGACUCGGGGUUCCCGUCCUUGCUCUGUGAGCAUGGCCCCGUUAGCCUGAGAGCAGAGCGCUUGGUGAGGUACGAGAUCAGAGCCCAGACCCUGGUGGAUGGCAAGUGGCAGGAGUUCAGGACCAACCAGAUCACCCAGAAGUUUGGAUUCGUCAAGCCAUCCUGCAAAAGCCAUGCCUUGAAAGUCCAAACUGUGGGCAUCCCAAUCUAUGCAAGUUUUUCAUUCAUCUUCCCAAUAUCUUGACAAUUUCCAGAAGAAUCUACGGGAUUUCUUUUCUUCCACCAGUCU